AUGGGCGCCUGGGGAUAUGGCCUCUUCCAGUCGGACAACGAGCUCAACACCAUAGAAGAGAUCAACGAAGAAGCGGGCAAGCUUGCCAAUGAUCCCGCGUUCAACUUUGAAUUUCCUGAAAAUCAUGACGAGGUCGUCGCCAAGCUCAACGCUGGCCUUUUCCAUCAGCUUCUUGCGAAGUUCCUAGCCAAGAAUUGGAAGCACGGCAUCAUCUACCUCGGCGCCCUAUCCAUGCAGCUCGGCGUCAAGAUCGGCGACGAAGACAUGCGGGUCCUCCGGGAUACCCUGCCUCGCACCAAGAUAUACGACGAGGCGAGGGCGCAGAUGCAGAAAGGGCUCGAUGGCUACAAGAACGACGGCGAGGCUUGGGACUUUGAGAGUCUGGGGUUGGAGGACACCAUCCAGGCCCGGGGGGAAAAUAUGUUCCCUAGUUCGCAUGGUGCUAUGGGGAUGAAUGUCUUGCAGGAUCCUGAUAAGGUGCCGACGCCGAUGCCGAAGGAUGGGGAUGUGGAGGUCGAUGAGGAGGAGGAGGGGAGGAAGAAGGAGAUGGGGCCUACGGGGAAGGAUGCUUUGGGCAAUAAGGCGAGAUUGAAGGCUUGGUUGUCUUCUUAG